AUGGCAGAAGAAAGAAGCAGAGACGGCACGGAGGACGCCACAGAUAUAUCAGACCUCGUCUCGACAGCCAAGUCAAAUUUAGAGAUUGCGAGACAGCUUGACAUUGUUCCCUUACGAGACGGUUCUCUUACAUCACUGGCAGCUGGGCCUAUCUAUUGGCCGACUUCAGCUGGCGCUCAUAUCCCGAGCGAUAUAGCAAUCCGAGUUGUGCAUGAAUCCGUUUUCGAUCAUGGAGGGUACAAACAGACGUUGGAUAUGCUCGGUGUACAAGAAGCCCCUGUCCACGUGGUCCGAUCACUCAUCAGACAGAAGCAUGCCACUCCCGGGGGGCUUACUCUCACGGCUUGCAAAGAGCAUCUUCAUUUUCUUUAUCUCACACAUGAAUACCGCCGCCUGGACGAUGAGUUGCGCCAUGUGUGUGUCAUCGAUCAGAAGCUACGUUUCAGGAGGCCCCGUGAGGAGGUCGUCUAUCUGCCAGGGCGGGCCUCCUUUAGCCCCGAACAGCUCCUGAGCCACAAGGAGGCCGCGGAUUCUGGAGGCCUAACAUGCAGUACAUACUUUUUGAACGCUGUACUGCUAGAGAACCCACCUCUUGUUCCCAUUGAUGCUCACUUUAGGGUACAUAACUAUCCGUCAUGGAAGCGGUGGUUGUGCGACUGUUUGGGGAUACAUGAGCAGAUACGGCUCGCCAACCAACCAGGAGACGAUCUCUCUGACGAGUUUGCUCAAAUAGCGUGGCGACAACCUGGAAUUGUGCUUGGACUUCUGGCCCAUGUCUGGAACACCCAACGCAAGACUGUCUUUGAGAGGCCUGAGCUGGUGACCAAGGUUAGAAGCGUCUCUGUGCCCUGCACGACCGGAGAUCUGAGGCCGUUGUGGGAGACAUACAUGCCCUUUAAGCAUCUGCAGAGACGAUGCUCAGAGUUCAUGAAGCCUAAUGAGCCCUUUCCGUUUCUUGACUUUGGCACACCGCCGCCGUCCACAGAAGACUUGUCGAGGAAGUGGGAGUUUCUGUAUCGAGAUCUCGGAGUGUCCAAGAAUGACGAUCUCGGCUUCUUGUUGGAUAUUCUUAGUUAUAUACAGGAGGCUAACCCAGAUGGUCUAUCGUCCCAGAGAUGCCGUGAGUUGACGCGGCUUUACUGUGAGAUGGAGGCUGCAUGUGUUGCAUCGGAGGAGCCUGAGUCUGCGCGAGACAUUUGCCGGUCGUUCAUACAAGACAUCAACGGCAUUGCUAUCUCGCCAUUUUCUGGCCACGGCCCAAGAUGGGUAGACCUCAAGCAGUGCUCCUGGGAUGGGCAAGCUGUCAUGACAAACACGAUACCCUUGAGAUAUGUGUAUGAGAAGGUACUGCAAUGCAGCCCUCAUGAACUAGCCAUUCUCUACGAAUUCUACUCGCAGACUCUGAAGUGUCCGGGCUGA